AUGAAUAUAAAGCAAAAGGCAUAUAAAUUGAUCAAAAGCUGCGACUUCUAUGGAGUGGAUAUCGGACUCAAUUACAGACAACAUAAAUCGUACAAGACUUUCUAUGGUGGGUUGUGGUCGUCAAUUAUUGCCUCUUUGAUUGCAGCUCUCUGUAUCAGCCAAUUCUUAGAUUGCAUUUUCUACUUGUCUCCUGAGAUCCAUCAUUACACCAAAGAUAAUGGAUUCAAUUAUAAACUCUUGGAAUCAAGCACCUUUCGUUCCAUCUUAUUGGACUUGGAAAACGAAGGGAUCUUGAAUACUCAGCAUCUUAACAAUGAUGAAACCCUCAUAGAUAUUCAUUCCUUUAAGUCAAUAGCGAUCUCCAUUCCAACUAUUCAUGAGGACAUCAAUGAUGUUGACAACCCGAUUAAAUUUGGCAAAUUGCAAAAGAUCGUUAGGGAAGUAGUUCAAAAUCAUCAAUUAACUAUUCAUAUACAAUUGAAAAUACUAGAAUAUUAAACAGAUUCUGGUCUCUUAUGGGAAAUCCUGAACACCCAUGAUCAAUUGUACUUAGAGGAUGUUGAUACCUACUACUUACAGAGCGAUAAGACAAGCUUGAGAUUAAUAUUUACAAUCAAUCCUAUAAUAAAACAUGUGGAUCGGAGUUACAAAAGAAUCUACAGAAUUCUAUCUAUUACUGGAGGUCUAGUCAAGGUUCUAAUGUUCGUUGGCAAGUUCUUCAGCAAACCAAUCACCACGUUGAAAUUUUAGGUAUCUUUCCUUAAUCAAUUUUUUAAUUUCGGAUCCACAAAAGACUCCAAAUCCUUUUACCCACUCAACUCUCUUGCUUACAGUCAGAAAUUAUUGCGUAUGUAGACAGUCCGAUUAGACUCCAUUAAAGUUAAUCCCAACACUAAAGAGUUAACUAAACAACCAACCAAAAUGAUUAAGAGUAUUCUCAAGAAAUAUUCCCAACAGCAAAAACAAAAUGCUGAUUCAGAAUAACAAGGAGACGAAGCAAUAAUUGAGGAGUAGAAUCAAGAUGUCGAUGAACUCAUAGCCAAAUAUUUUCAACCGCAAGAUAUUCGAUUGAAAUUACAACACAUCCAAUAUGUCAAAUAUUUUUUUGGAUUUACAGGACAACUGAAAAAGAGAAUUAAGCAAUUACGCCAAAAUCUACAAAUUGUCAAUCAAAAGACAGACAUCAUUUAUGUGUUUAACAAACUACAAGAAUUAGAAAAACUAAAGUAAUUGCUCUUAGAUGAGGAUUAAUUGAAUCUAUUUGAAUAUAUCCCUAAACCUAACAUUGAUGUUUCUCAUAAUAGAUAAGAACCUAAAAAUAAUACUAUUGUCAAAGCCACCUAAGCCUUUAAUUCAUUCCAAGCCAUAAAUGAAAAGGAGAAAAAGUCAAGAAUCGAUAACGCUCUUAUAAAGAUGAUAGAUGCAAAUAUCAAAAAAUAUUUUGUUGUAAGCUCAGGUUGCAUUUCUUUUGCAAGAAACACCACUCCCAAAGUCUCGUAUGCUAGUCCCAAUUCAAGUCCAAGAAAACGAAACUCAGAUCUGUCUGAAAAUUUAAAACAUGAAGAAGUAAAUGAAUAUUGA